GUUAGGUUGACAAAUGGUUACCAACAGAAGGUUACGAGUUAAAAAAUUGGAUUAUUGGAUCGUCUGACUCGGUUUACAUGGCUCGGACGCGCACAGGAAGCCUUAGACGGGGGACCCGCGGAGGAUAUUGCUGUUUCUGAAGUCAUUCCCCCCUGUUUUGAUGUGCGGGAAGACUCCUACCCCCUCGCAAUAGGUCGUUGGGCUCCCGAUGCUGGCGACAGAUAGCUGCAGCAUGUUGCUACCGAGUUAAAAGAAAUCACAAGUUACACGGGAAGGGAAGACGGCUGCGUACGCCGCCGCAACCGUGGCUCGGAUAAAUAGACAGCCUGCCCGAAUCUGUUUUUAGCCAAGUUGAUAUUUCAGUGCCAAUGGCUAGCCCGCAUUGUUUCGUUAAAGUGGAGUUAUCAAGAGAAUAAGUAGCUUAGCCGCAAGCCACCUGGAAAACCGUAAUUUAAUAUUAAUAAGAGAUUGGCGCGGCGUUUCUCCUGUGUACCCAGGGAUGCAAAUAAACACAAUUAAGGAUCUGUUUUUAAUCCAUUUUGAUGCAUCAGAAAGGGGCAGCGAAUUUUUGGAAAACUUUAAGAGUUGAUUUUUUAAAAAAUAGGUUUGUUUGUUUUUUUUUUCCGUAAAAUGGUUCAUUUAGACGUAUGGCUUAUGGAUUGUGCGUAUUUUGGCUGAGGUUGGAAUUGAUGAUAUUUUGAUGUCCGCUGCACUUUUGACUCGUGGGAAGGCGAUGUCAACUACUCAAGAAGAUGGAUUUUACUCGGAUCUGCGGCUGCUUGCUCCGGGUGUCUGAUUAGCUCGGUCGGGCUGUUGAUCGACCUCUGCCUUUACGUGAGACUUACCACCUAUCCUUUAUGUAGUAGGUUGUUGUCCUGGAGGACUGCCAGUGUUGGACUAUUUGCAGUAGUUACUUUUACACCACUAAUUGGCCUUUUGUGUUUUGUGUCCGAGUCUUACAGACUUCCAUAAAUAAUGAAAAGUUUGUAGAUCAGGCGUACCCCUAAUAAUUAGGGUCCCGCGUUUACUGAUGAUCCAGAUGUUGUUUAUGCUUUCUCAAGACUGUGAAACAGAUAUAGACUAGGUUAGGUUUAGGAAAGGAGGCUUAAAACGAGGAAGCCGGUGAAAAUGGCUGGUGAAUGCACCUACACUGCGCACUAUGCUAGUGAUGACACUUUUUGCACUGCCAAACACUCAGUGGACCAACAACCGGAGCUCGGUUAUCUCAAUGGCGUCGGCACUGCAAAGACCUGCCCGACCGUCGCCUCCUCGCCUUUUUUUGAAAUGAUCGGCGGCUCCUUGUUCCGUAAAAAGUUGGAGAAGGGCUGCUUACAGUACCGAGAGGUACUGGCUGACGACGAGAGACUGAAGUCAAUCGAGGUUUUUCACGCGAAGAUACCGGGGAAGUCGCACCACACCCUGGAGGACACGUAUAGACUGGUAGCUGAACACUACUGGUGGGAAGGAAUGUACUUUCAGGUCCGUGACUUUGUUCUUGGCUGUGAGGAAUGCCAUCUAAGGCAGACUGAAAAAGCGUGCUCAGAAGUAGGGAACGUCUCUAGGAUGGUGAAAUCACACGGCCGUGGAGUUCUGAGCAAGCUGAACAGCCAGCGAGUGGCAGGGCAGUUCUGCGACAUCACACUGAAAACCGGCAAUGGCCACUUGUUUCUUGCCCACAAAGCAGUCUUGGCGGCUGUAAGCGAGUAUUUCCAGGAGUUGUUCACUGAAAUGGACUCUGCCACUAACCCUCAGCCUCAUGUUGACCUCACAGGUUUCAGUGAGGAGAGUUUGCUUGCAUUGCUUGAAUUCUCCUACACUUCCACCCUGACUCUGAACUUGGACACUCUGACAGAGGUAGCUGCAAUGGCUCGCCACCUCCGCAUGUGGCCUGCUUUGGAGGCCUGUUCUGCUAUCCAGAAGGAGAAAGAGGCUGACGAGCAAUUCUCUGACCCACUGAAUCCUGCGGGAGCGCUCACUGUAAAGCCUGGUUCUUCCUCCAUGAACAGCCGGAGAAGUCAACACUCCCCUGCAGGAAGGACAGUUGGCUUUAAGAAUACGACUGAGAAGGAUGAAGGGGAAGCCUUAGGAUCUGUAUGGAGUAGCCCCAUGCAGUGCAGAGCACACGCUGUGGAGGGGACAGAUGAAUCAGAUGGGGAAGUUUGUGAUCGAACAUUACCAGCUCAGUGCCGAACGCAGGCACUUCACAGUCCUCAGCCAGAGGACAGUGGCUUUUCCUGCAGCCCGACUCGCAGGAUGAAACUCAUGGACUUCAAAUCUCCAUCCAGCAAGAGGAAACUGUGCCCUCGUCCCUCCUCGGUAGUCAUCUCCACUUCUCCGUCCACCUCUACUCGAUCUUCCUCUCCAUCCCGCCGUCUGCUCCGCUCCACUCCGGGGGCAGCGCUUGCUUUGCGCAGGUUAUUGCCCAAAAUUGACCUUUCCUCUAAGAGCAAGAGGAGGUCCUCUUAUCCUCCCCAGUUUUACAGGGCAAAGUCUGAUUUCUCUCCGGUGCAGUCUAGAGCUCAGCCAAACCCAGUGACGCCUUUGAAGGUGAAGCAGGAGAUGGUGGAGGAAGAAGUGUGCAGUGCAGUCCUGCAGGAUGAAGUUCACUGCCCUCGUGCUCAGGAGAAAUAUCGGCUACUCACUUUCCUGGGGUUGCAGAGGAAGUCUUUACUACCUAGUCCAGAAGAGUUGUCAGGCUGGGGGCAAAAGAAGCGGCUUAGGAAGCUGAAGGUGAAUGACUACUCACUCACCGCUCGUCGUAAACCCCGCACACAGGCUCUAGGACGCUGCGGAACUGGUCUUGGAGACUUGGUGGGUGUCAGCUCCUCCCUGUCCCUCUGUGACAUGACCAGAAUGGAUCUUCUGAAAAAGGUGAUGAAAGUGGAGCCUCAGGAACCCAAAGUCACCAUGGCAAAGAGUUCAAAGAGGAAGAAUGAUGCAUCUGGGCACAUGGAGCAUUCGAGCGUUAGAGCCACACGCAGCCAUUCACUGCUGCAGGCAGACUCUAAAGGGCUGAAGACUGAACGCCCACUUAGAAGUAACACUAGGGGCCCAAACAAACCCAUACCUCAGCCUGCUGGCAGAGAAAGAGUCGCAGUGCAACGAGCCCAUGCUCCUCCAAAAAGAGCGAGGACAGUGAGGACAAAACGGGAACCCAAUCUCGCCAUCUCGCAACCCAUCCCCUACCCUGGUGGUGCCCACCACUACCAGGGGCUAACAGUGGCACCUCCAAAAGUCAGAGCUCCGAAGGAUGUUACAUCAGUGGAUCGGCCAUUAAGGAUCAGUGGCACAAAGUCAAAGCGUAAGCUGUGCUACAAUGUAGGACGUACAACAGAUAAGCAUAAAGGUUCAAGGCAAAACAAGUCAGACAAAGGCAAACACGGCUGUAACGACAAAACAGUCAGAUUGCCACUCCAGCAAAGUGGAGUAGGCAGAGGAGAUCAAGUCCGACAGAGCAGAAAGAGCAUGGCACAAAGAGAUGGAACAGGGGAAAAAACUGAAGUUCUACAUAGUGCCAGAAGCUGGGAUGCUUCCAGUACAAACUACCAAGAUUACCACACAAAUCCUCUGUAUAGGGCCAUCAAAGAAGAGCCAGCAGACCCUAUACCCCUGACGCAGGCCUUUCCAGCAAGUGAUGCCUCUGACCUAGGUAAACGUCAGAGUAAACCCCCUGUGAAACUGCUAGACCAAGGUUUUCUCUUUGGCCUCUGCCGACCUCCAGGUGGAAUUAAGAGGGAGGAAGAGAGCGUGGACAUCUGCUUGACCCGGUCCGUCUCCCACAGCAGUGCUUCCCGUAGCGACACAUCACCUGGCCUUGUCAGAAGAGAUCGGAUUAGUGCAAGAAUCCUGCCAGACCGAACUGGUCUAGAUGGGCCACACUGGGCUGGGGUUGGCAACAGGUCGACUCUCUUUUCUCAGAGGAUGCUCCUCCGAGUGAAAAAAGAAGAGGAAGAGACUUGUGUGUCCCAACGGCCAAAAGCCAUCAGAAGUUCUGCUCAGCACAAAGACAGCAAGAGGACCUGCAAGGUUAAAAGGGAACUGCCAAAGGCAAAGGUGAAGAAAUUGUAUCCUAUGAGCAGCCGGCACACUGUUAUGCUGGAGUCCAUCCAACGGGCUCAGGUUAAACAGCUGAAGGGUCCUUGUGGUCAGGGCUCAGGUGGAGCCCACACAUGCCUACAGUGUAGAUCGUCGUACAGGGACUGCGAUGCCCUGAUCAUGCACCGCAUCAGACAUAUUGAAGGCAAACACUGGCCAUGCCCUUUGUGCAGCAAGACAUUCUUCAGACAGAAAAAUGUCAGAAAUCACAUAAGGACACACAAUCCCAAACUGUACAAAUGCCGUCAUUGUGUUGCUUCUUCUUAAGGUAACGUGCGUAUAUGGUGGUGUAUUGUACCUGUUCAAACCGAUGUUUGAAUAGAGACAUGCACAGAACAGGCACAAACUGCAUAUACAAAAGUUUUAAUUAUGAAGUUAAAUUUAUAAAUUGUACUGAUCUUGGUCAUAUUCUGUUUUAAACUUCAUGGGUGAAGAACACGGAUGGCAUGGUGAAGAGGAAGGGUGUUCUUGAAAUAUGAGGACUGUACAUAUAACAAAUCUGUCAAAUGAGAAUGAAGUUCCAGUCUGUAGAUGUAAUUAUGGUCAUUGAUGUUGAUUUUUUGUUUUUUUUUCCGUACGAUAAUUGUAAUUCUUAUUUAAAUAACCAGACUAAAGAUGUUUUGCCGUUGCUACAGAUGGGGAACUUGACCCAGUGAUGUUUCUCUCAGGGUGGGUGCCUGCUAGUUGUAGUGAUAUUUGUAAAUGAGAAUUGUGUAGAAUGUUUUAAAAUGAUUACUACUAUUGUAAUUACUGCAAUUAUCAUAUUGUUAUUAUUGUUAUUACAGUUAUUUUUUAUAAAUAGUGUAAUCUUGAGUGCACUUAAAACCGUAGCUUUGUUUUUAAACCUAAGAAUACUUGUCAAGUGAUCAGGUAAGAUGGACUGGGAUGUACUUGAAUGAUUACUGAGAGGGAGUUUGUUGUCCGCCCUUCGUUUGUGGUGAUUUUAAUAAUGAUGUAUUAAAAACUAAACAGGUGGGGUUAGAGGCACUGAAUCAUUUUCCAAGUGAAGAGGAAUGGUUAGGCGAAAUAUGGAAAGAUUUACUGUUGAAAAAUGCCAUUCUUUUCAUAUUUUGCAAUCUUACAAUGAUAAGACCUAUAUUGGUAGGCAAGUCUUUUUGUGAUGCAUCUUUUCUUGUCAUCGUGCAAAAUAAAAGUAGUUACUGGCUU